AUGGGAGCGUCCCGCGAGAUUUCGGAGGUCCUCACCGGCCGAACCAAUGUUCGUGGCCUUAGCUCGGCCUUCCUCGAUGGUGGCCAGCUGACGGAGGGCCUGCACUGGGGCCUGCAGAAGGACAUUUGCCAGAAAUAUCACGUCACCAACGGCCUGCACGAUCUGGCCUUUGGCAUUCCGGAGUGGCGGCAUUACAAGUCCGAGUGGCUUGCGGGACGGCGCUCGGCGCCGCUCGAGCACUUGCCCGCCCAAGACUACAAGGUCCUCCUGCAGGCCCGCAAGCACUUCCUGAAGGCGCGCGAGCAGCUGCUGAUGCACGGCUACCGCCCUCCCGUCGACGGCCGGAAAAAGCUGUCGAAGGACGCCGCGCGCUUCCUGAGCACCGUGCCCACGCCACCCGCCAAAGAGAUCGAUGCGGGGCUGGGCCUUGUCGACCGGGUCGUCGAGCAGCAGAAGAGUGCAGAAUUUGAAGACUGGGCAAAGGACGUGGACUACCCCAGCCGCCGGCGCCAGAUGUUGACGCUCCAAGAGAUCCAAAGCCUCGCGCGCAACCUGGCCGACAUGUCCAGGACAUGCGGCGAAAAAGCAGAGAGACAAGGCCUGUCAGACCUUCGAGCACCCCUCUCUCGUUUGGGGUUUGCUACUCUUACUUGUACAGCACGUGCUGCUUUCACGCCCGCGACGAAUGUGAGGAAGGCCCAAAGGCAAGGCCGGACUCGGCGGAUGGAAGGCCGCGUGAGCAACUUCAAGAAGGUCCUCGCCGACUUCGAGAGCAGGCUGCCGGGCGCGGACUUCGUCGCCAUCGACACAGAGCUGACGGGCGUGGACCUAGAGGGGGAGAUCGACUCCUUCGACGACUCGGCGCUGUCUCGCCUGGACCGGCACUGCCGGAUUGCCGAGCGGUACACGCUGAUCCAGCUGGGCUUGACCUUGGUCAGCCACGAGCGGAAUGGCGGAAGGGAGGACGUCCUUAGCUUUGCGAGCUACAACCUCUUCGCCUUCCCAUAUGCUGGCAACGACCUGAUUGGACGGGAUCAAGGCUUCUUCUGCCAGGCCUCCGCCCUGCAGUUCAAUGCACGCAACAACGUGGACUUUAACACGUGGAUUCGCGAUGGGAUCCCGUACAUGAGCCGCGAGGAUGAGCGCCGCUACAAGAAGUACUAUGCCAGCAUCGGAGGCAUGGCCGAUGAGAAGGUCGGCCUCUUGCGGCUUUGGAAAGCCCUUUGUGCUCGGCAGCUACCCUUUGUCGUGCAUUGCCCUUUGGACCUCUUCUUCUUGCUGGCCGCCUUCGAGCGCCGGCCGCUGCCUCGCAACGAUCCGCGGGCCAUGGCGCAGAUCAUCCGCCACUGCACGCCCAAGGUGGUGGACACCGCGCACCUCCAUGGGGCCCUGGGCGGCUUCAAGCGCCUCGGCCUCACGAUGUUCGCGAAGGACGCGAAGGCGAGGCACCGGGAGUUGGCGGGGAACGGGAACGUGCCGCACCUGAAGUUCCGCCUCGUCGGAGAGACCGCCAGUCGCUAUGGCUCCCAAGCCGACCGGAACGAGCUGGCUCACGAGGCAGGUUUCGACUCCCUCAUGACAGCGCAGCUGUUCGCCUACCUUCGAGCCAUCUCGCCGACGCAAGUGCGUGAGGGCGCAAACCGGCUUUUCCUGUACAAGAGCAUCGAGUAUCUGGACUUGGACAGGGCGGCCCUAGAAGGGGAGGUUGGUGCCUGCAUGUUUGAUCUUAGCCGCGUUACGCUGCUGGUGGCUGCCCUGGACACCGUAGACGGCAACGAUGCGCCCAGGCUCAUCAGCAAUGCAGGGUAUUUGUGCAAGUCGAUCGACGCGCAGCACGUCCUCGUCGUGAUGAGGGCCUCUGGUGGUGCUGCUGUCCGCAAGGCAGCGGAGCUUGCAGGGAAGGUGCACGGCGUAGUUUCCUGGAUGGGCUUCGACGAGUGGCGACAGGGAGAGGCAGCCAAGGCCAAGGAUCACAACGGCGACCGGGAUGCCGGUCCAAAAGGGCGCAGCGGCAGGAGUGGACGGAAAGAGGUGGAUCCACCGGAGCUGGAGCCGGCGGUUCCUGCGGAGCUGGUGGAGCCCUUGGAGCUCUCGGAGACCGCCCCGUCUCCAUCGCCCAAGGCGGACCCCAUAGACAGACAGACGCCGACGGAGCUGCCGACAGGCGAUCUGGGGCUCGGCGAGGGCCUCCGGCGCUCCGUUGCUGGCAUCUUCAGGCAGAAGCCGAAGCUCCUGGCUGGGGCUGGCCUUCUGUUCGUUCUGUGGAUGCUUGCCCGGGCAGAAGUUGAUUCGGCAAUCUCCAGGCUCUUCCGGAAACUCUUCCGGGGAAGGCCCUUGCUGCGGAGUGCUUGA